AUGGAACUGGAAUCAUAUGUAGAUAAUUCGCGAAAUUUGACCAUAAAAUCUACUAUUCCAGAGGUAACAUUAUCUGAGCCAUGUUGUGUUGGCAUCGAUGAAGCGGGCCGAGGGCCAGUACUUGGUAAAAGAUUCCUUUCUUUUUGCCUUUUUAACUUAACAAUGCAUGCAGCCAGAAUGCUUAAGAACUAGCUUUUAAGCAAACUUAGCUAAAGCUUAUAAUAGACAGUCUCUGUUUUUCAGGACCAAUGGUUUAUGGAAUUUGCUAUUAUCCACUAUCAAGAGCAGAAGAAGUUAAAAAUCUUGGUUUGGCAGGUAAGUCCGUAUAAGAAUUAAAAUGAUUGCUCACUGUAAGGCUAAAAGUCAAGAAUAUGGUACCUGUCAGACUCCAAGGUACCCCUGCGAAAAGAGCCUCCUCUUGUCUUCUUGGAAGAGGAGGAGAGUGAGGAGGCUCUGGCUGAAUCAAGCGUCAAGCGUUUAAAGUGUCCGCAGCCUCCCGUUGUUCAAACGUUGGAUAGCGCUAUCCAGCGGAUAAGUAUUGGGGAAACUAAUAUUAUUGUACUAUCCACAGGAUAGAGAUUUAUCCAGCGGAUUCUUGGUUUGCAACCACGUGACAGGGCGGCCAUGUUGGGGGGUCAAAACAAAAGAAUAUUUUCUUGAAGAAUUUUCAUGAAAAUAGAGUUUAGUUCCCAGAGGAGAGAAAUGCUUUUGUUCUUGACCACCAACAUGGCCGCCGUGACGUCACGUGCAAACCAGCGAUAGCGCUAUCCAGCCUUGAACAACCGAGGCCUGGACUAGUCAAUCUUCUUUUAUCAAACGCAAGUAUCCCUUUAUUGAUAAACUGAUGGUCAUGACUGAGCCUAUUGUACCACAUGGACUAUUAGGCCUGGGUUCAAAACUGUAUGAUAGCAACAUGCAGCGCAUGUUCAAAAAAGACCUUACUCAAUUCAAGCAGAGUCUUACUUGAGUAACCCAAAAUGAAGCAAGAAAAAGAAAGGCUCUGCUGGCAAGGUGACCCCUGGGGAACUCCCAUGGAGAUGCUCAUCAGAAAAUUGUGCCUCGGUGAAUUCCAGAGUAUUCCCAUGGCUAACCCCGCACAUGGUGGCCUGUACACAGACGUUGUUUUAUUUUUCUUUUCAUUCUUUUCGAAAAACAUUGGCAAGCUCGUUAGUGAAGCAAGUGCACAAGAACGAGCACAGAGCGCAAGAAAGAAAAAUAAAGAACAUCUUUAGACCCCCUUGCACUGGCGGUCAAUAAAUCCCCUACGGUUUAUAUUUUAUCACCCAGGCUUGACGGACUUUGAAGAGAAAAUAGAGGGUCUGUGAACAGGCUACUGACAUUGGCAUUUUAUUUUUUUCUUGGAUGGCAAUUUCUUGGGGGUGGGGACAAAAUAAGAGGGCAAAUCCCUCACUGAUCAUCCCUUAUCAACAAUGCAGCAAUUUCACUUUAACAAGUGAUGGUUGAAGUUGUGUCUUUUUUAGCAAUAAAGAAAUGCAUAGCAGGGGUAUUUUGCAGAACGCUGAAUGCAGAAUGCCAAAUGACUCUGAAGUUUAGUGAUUAGGGUUAGGAAACUGAGUGAAUCAAGUUUCAGGUCAAUUUUCCCAGUAUAAUGACCCUAAAUGGAACCUGAUUCACUCAGUUUCCUAACCCUAAUCACUAAACUUCUGAGUCAUUUAACGUUCUGCAUUCAGCGUUCUGCAUUCUGCAAAAUACUCCUGCCGAGAAAUGCAUGGACACUAACUUUGGGACCUGAGAGGGUGCCUUUAAGUUGGUAAUUGGUUAUGUGAGUUGACUGAAAAAUGUAAUGGGAAGUGUGCAAUUUACAGUUUCUGUGAACCUUCUUAUUUUCCAUAAGACUAUAAGGCUGCAGAUCACUGUAUCAGAUAAACUUCAUGGCGAGCCAACCCAUAGUAGAGUUAAUGCAAACAAUAAAGUUUGUGAUUAAAAUGUGCCCGGGACAACUUGUGGUGUUAGAGAGACGUUGCUGUUUUUCAUAGGAUUUCUCCAUUCUUUCCAGAUUCAAAAACACUGUCAGAAGAGCAACGUGAGGAACUUUUUAAAACUGUGGAUGAAAACAAAGAGUUUAUAGGCUGGGCUAUAAAUAUUUUGUCACCAAACUAUUUGUCCAAGAGUAUGCUGAAAAGGUAAAAUCAUUGGAUCAUCUAGAUGUUUUAUAGUCAGAUAAAACUCUCUGAAGUCUAUUGCCAGAAUGAUCUUCCCUGCCUCUUUGAAAGGAGCUUUGAAGUGGUAUUUUUGUGACUGCAAAGAACAGUUCUUUCUUGUCUCAUAAUUGUUUUAUUUAAAUCACGCUGUUAAAGUUACAGUGUACCUCUUUGUAACUUUAGCAAAAAACAGUUAAACCUUGCACAAUUAAUGUCCAGCUAAAAUCUGCCCUUGUUUGAUGAAGUCCUACAAGUACAUGUACCUGUGGUCGGUCUGGCAUGAUGACUAGACUACUAUCAAAGACUAUCAUUUUGUUACUGAAGGACAACUUUUCUGGUUUGUCCAACAAAAAUGGUGUCCUGGUUCAGGGCUCGAAAAAGGUCCCAUCUGGUAGUCUGCCGGGGACAAACUAGAUUUUUUUGCUGCAGUGGGCAAUUAACUUUCUAAGAUUUCUUGCCCAGUGGGAAAGGGUCUAGAUGAGUCAUCCUCUCACGAAAUCAGUAACAUUAUCAAAAAAGGAACAAAAUGUGGCCUUAGACAAGCAAAAUGUAAGAGCUGUUUGCCCAAAGGACAAGCUAGAAUGCAAGUUGUUUUUUUUUCAAGCCCUGUGGCUGGACGGUUAAGCCUGAAGAAUGUUUGAUCAGUUCCAGAGCUGUCACUUAAGAUUUCAUGGUACUACGUGUAGCAGGGAGUUGAACAGCUAUGAUAUUGUGUUGGUUCUACUUUCCUUUUACUGCCUUUGAAAGUAGCCAGGGUUCAUGCUCAUAGUAGCUAGGGGAAAUCCUCCAUCCCCGGCCCUUAAAUAGAUCACUACCAAUACUAAUACUAUUCCACACUUUUUUGAAAGGACAAAGUACAGUUUGAAUGAAGUUUCACAUGAUACAGCCAUUGGCUUGAUUAACCUUCUUCUCACAAACAACAUAAAUGUACAUGAGGUAGGGAUAUAAAGUUAUCUAAACUUGAAGGCAUGUGGUAUCUUAAAUCUUUAAAUUUUAUCAUUUUUCUUGUCUUUCCUAGUUCCUUAUACAAUUUAGGGCAAGUAUUUACUAAUUCCUGAAACAAGAGUAUUUACUUGCAGCAUGAUCAAGAAAUCUGCAUAAAAUAAAGUUCAUUAAGUCUGCCAUGAAAAAAUGAAUGACAAUGUACCUUCUUUUAUACUGUUGAACCCUGAUAAAAAUAUGGCUCAGUAGGUGUAUACUGUACUUGUUGAGAGGUGCAGCAUGCUAAUUUAAGUUAAUAAUAAAGGCUUUAAAAUGUUUCAGGUUUAUGUUGACACUGUGGGAGUGGCUGAAAAAUACCAAGAUAAACUUCAGAAGAUAUUUCCUGGUCUCCAGAUUACUGUCACACCAAAGGCUGAUGCCAAGUUUCCUGUUGUGAGUGCAGCUAGUAUUUGUGCAAAGGUAAUUCUCAAAAUUUUGUUUCCAAAUAGACCAAUUAAAGAAGAGAGAAGUUUCCUAAGAGGUCAGGAAAUGUCAAAUGUUUUUAUUAAUUAAAAAUUCUUUACUGAGUAGAUGGAUUGUUGAAAUACUUGAAUGUUACUAAUCCAUUUGUAAAACCCUUGAGAAUCUUUUGUUUUUAAAAAGGUUAUGAUAGUAUUGUAUUGUAUAGUUGGGCAAUUAAGCACGCUGAAAACUUUUGUGCUUGAGUGGCCACUGGUAAGUUUGGUGUGUCGUAGAAUCAAUAGCAAGGGUUUUAUGUGCUUUAUGUCUCAAACAUUAUUUUUACCAGGUUGCUCGAGACAAAAUCCUUAAAGAGUGGAAAUUUCUGGAAAACAUCCAAUUUAACAAGGAACAUGGAUCAGGUUAUCCAUCAGGUAAAACAUUCUUAUGUGCGGUGUAACCAAGUUUGUUUAGUAAGAACAACCUCCAAGUGUCUGGAUAUGGGAUGAAAUGCCAUUUUAGUCAAGAGUAUUUAAUAUAGAUGCUGAAAUUAGCAAUAGAUUUUGAGUAAAAAUGCAAAGCUUAAGUUUUUUAAACCAGUCCUUCAUGGUACAUAUGUAACACUUUCCAGGAUUUCUUUUCUAUGAUGAAUGUUGUAAGGUUGUAGGCCAGCCUUUCAAAAUAUCUUGUGCUCCUAUAGCUUCAAUCUUACAUUAACAUACAUGUAUACCUUGCGAGCAAAACGGAUUGAUCACCACAAGUGAGAUUACUUGGCACAUACUAUGUAAAAUUGUGUGUGCAAAGUAGACCAGUCACCACGGUUAUCAUAAUCUGUUGUCAUUCUUUACAGAUCCUACGACCAAAAAAUGGUUAGCUGAGUCCAUAGACAAGGUUUUUGGUUUUCCGCAACUUGUUCGAUUCAGUUGGUCAACCUGCAGUAAUAUUUUGGACAGUAAAGCAGUUGCAAUACAUUGGUAAGUUGAACAAACUCCAAUAUUAUGAUUCUCAUUACUGGUACUCCUUAUGGAUAAAAUUAGGUCCAUUGAUUUAAGGCAUUUGCCAUGUACUUAUGUUCUAACUUUUAGUUAGGACCAAAAUCUUCCAUUGAAACCUUUCAAAUGAAACAUGUUGGCACAUGAUGCUAUUUGUUCUUCAGUAUUUUAGUGUUUUGCAAGAUGCAACAGGCCAUUUGCAUGAUGGAGUCAUUUAACUACUAAUGCCAUAAUCCUUCGUAUUUAAAUUUGGUCAUCCCAGAAUGUUUACAUGUAAAUAACAAAAGCCCUAAUUUAAACAAGAAAGCAAAACCCUGAAGGAUUCUGUAUUAGUAGAACGAUGUCAUUGUGCAAAUGGCGUAUUUGCAGAAAAAGUUUCUUGAAUUUUGCUUUUGGCAAGACAGCAUUAUUCGGUCAGACUAGUCAGAUUUUAUGUAGCUACUGAAGUGUCCGUAAGAAUAUCAAAGGUACAGAAGUAACUCCCCAUUUAUUUUAUGUUUUCCGUCUCCUCAGUAUAUCUUAAUUAAAAUUGUAAUAAAAAAUUUUAUGUAAUAACAGGGAUGAUGAUGAUGAUGACGAAGAUGAAGCAGCAAAAGGAACUGCAUCCAUCACUUCUUUCUUUACACCUAAAUAUGAUUCUAAUGAUCGUCAGAAACACCAGUUUUUUAAAGAACGCCAAUUAGAACCUGUUGAAAUGUUCUAAAAGAAGCAUUGUGCUUGAAAUGGGUGCAGCUAAAUUCUGUGUACAAAGAUACUAAUGUCACUACUUAUAGCAUAUAUACCAGUAUUGUAAUAAAGUAUUUGAAAAGAAUAUUAUUUUUAUGAACUGUUGCCUGUUCAUCAUUCAGCAAGUUCCAAUAUACCUUUAGACUGUAACUGUGUCUAAUAAUAUUAAUUUCAUAUCUUUAUGAGGAUUGUACAAUUAAAGGGAUGUCAAAAUUAAUACUAGUAAGAAUCUCAUGGCUAAGGUAUCAUUUUUCAACUUGAACCCAACAUGACUUGGUUGUUUAUAAUGUGUCUGUUAAAUGAGUCAGUCUACA